AAAUAUGCUGUCUGUUUUAUUGACAAAAUCUUUCUAUUAGUUGAAUUUAUUAUUUUCUAAACGCUGACAUUUCUGUCCAUGCAGUUUGUCACUGGCAGCCCUACAGCAGGAAAAACACGGGUGCAAGUAAUAAAAUUAACAUGGCUGAAUUCAUUUUAGCUGCUCAGUUUCAGGGUAAUUGUGCAUGCUGGCUCACUGUCACACAGGCAUUUCUUACUGUCUGGGACACUAGAAUAAAACAGAGCCAUUCUUAAUGUUAUUAGUAACACCUGUGCUUUUCCUACUAAGAUAAGUCAAAAUGUCUGCUGUGAAAAAGGCCUGUUGUGCUCCAGCUAUCUGCACCUGUUUUUCCAGCCUGCUCCCUUUUGGACUGACUGCCUCUUGCUGACCUCAGUUCUGAAUAUAGACUAAAUCUGCACAGGUUUGCACCAUCAUGUGUGCUAAGGCUGAGGCAUGCAUGUGCGAAUGAGGCUGCCUCCUGCGCCACCUCCUCGCCAUCUCCAUCACCGGCGUCCUGUGCUCUGCAUCCCUCUGCGGAGGACUUGUCAGUGCAGCUGCCAUAGCAGCUUCAGCAUCAUCCCCUCAUCCGUCUCUGCAGCAUCCUCUCCAUCCUCGAAAGCAUCCAUUUCUCACAAGCAGCCCAGCGCUUCCGAGCUGCACACGCCCCCUCUCUCUAAGAUCUCUUUCCUCCAGCAUCUGUGUGUCGCACACAACAGCAGCCAGGCAGUCACAUCCUGGGCUAAAUUACCCUUCUGCAUCGCCCUCUUCCCUUCGGCUCGUCUGAGCUUCCCACUGCAACAGUCCCCCUCUCCCAUCCUCUUCACCAUCAUCCGCUCUCCGAAGCACCGUUCAGGAAAAAGAAGGCAAGCUGUCUCUUCUUCCUGCAAAAGUGUCUGUUGGCUGGGCAGCUGGUCUUCCACUGUCCCUCUGGAGGAUGAUCCUGUGGAUGAAGACAGAGGAGAUGGCCCUGGGGGAGCUGCUGGAGAGACUAAGGACAGUCAGCCAAAGCAUAGAUGAGAUCAUGCAGCUGGACAGCAGUCCCCUCUGUGCUGCUGACAUCACCCCUGACCUCAAGAAGCAGUUUGCCUUCCUUUCAGGAGGUAGAGGAGAUAAUGGCAGCCCCAUCAUUGUGUUCCCAGAAUUCCCUGCGUUUGGAGAGAUCACAGACAGAGAGUUUCACAACGUGCUGACCUACCUGACUAGCGUGCCCAGUUUGUCUUCGACAGACGUGGGUUUCAUCUUGGUGAUUGAUCGCCGGCAAGACCGAUGGGCGGCUGUCAAAGGGACCCUGCUUCGUAUCGCAGGCUCCUUCCCAGGGAACCUCCAGCUGGUUCUGGUCCUGAGGCCCACCACCCUCCUGCAGCGUACACUCUCAGACAUCCUCUUCAAGUUCAACAAGGAUGAGUUCAAGAUGAAGGUGCCGGUGAUCAUGCUGAGCUCGAUAACUGAGCUGCACUCCUACAUCAACCGCACUCAGCUGACCCAGGAACUCGGGGGAGCGCAGGAGUACUGCCAUGAGAAGUGGAUCUCUCACCGCACUGCUAUUGAAGGCUUUGCAUUGAUGGUAAAGAAAACAGCACAGACCCUGCAGUCGUUUGGGACUGAGCUGGCUGAAACUGAACUCCCCAAUGAUAUCCAGGCCACAACCAUCCUGAUGAGCACACACACCAACAAGAAAGCCAAAAUGAAGGACGAUCUGCUGGUGGCUCUGGGUCAGGGCAGCAAGCUGCUGGAGAGCAUCAAUGAGCCUGUAGUGCGAGACCCCGACCACAACAUGAACCAGGAUGAACUGGAGAACAUGGCUACAGUGCAACGACUGCUGUCUCAGCUGGAUGAGACAGAAAGGGCUUUCGAUGAGUUCUGGGUGAGGCAUCAGACCAAACUGGAGCAGUGUCUCCAAUUGCGCCACUUUGAGCACAACUACAGAGAGGUGAGGGCUCUGCUGGAUCAGGUGUCUGAGAAACUUGCAACCUUCUCUGAGGUGGGAAUCAGCCCAGCCCAUGUUGACCAUAUCUUCUGUGAACUCACCACCUAUGAGGAGAGAGUCUGUGAGGUGCUGGACAAAGCCUUGUCGUUGGCCCGUGAGGGUGAUGAACUGAUCCAGAACUCCCACUAUGCUGAGGACUCCAUUCAGCCCAAAUGCAGCGAGCUCAGAGCGAUCAGUGAGAAUGUGUGCAGCAACCUGAGGGCCAAGAGGGACCACUUCCUCAAAGCCAUAGAGCUGCACCAUUGUUUGGAGAGGGCUUCUAAAUGGGUUGAUGAUGGUAUAUACCUGCUGGCGUCUCAGCCAGUAGACAAGUGUCAAUCACAUGAGGGGGCGGAGUUAGCCCUGCAGGAGCUGGAGCGUUACCUGGAUAACGCAGGCCAGAACCAACUGACAGACCUCAGUACCAUCUGGAGCGAAUAUGAGGCAGUGCUCAACCAGCAUUUCAGGGACCAAGUGGACAAGGUUUUCCAGAAGCAGGCGUCCAUGCAGGAGAUGUUUGACAAGAGGAGAGUCAGCCUGAAGAAGCUAGCAGCCAAACAGACCAGGCCGGUGCAGCCGGUGGCUCCCAGACCCGAAGCCUUCAUCAAAUCCCCUCUCAGCUCGCCUGCACACAGAGACCAGCAGGAGAAAAACUGCUCAGAGACAGACCCUGGGAACAACUGUGAGAAAGGAAACGGCCAACUGCAGAACGGAGACAGUAACAGCAGACAUGCCUCUCUAUCAGAGGAGGAGGAGAACCUGGCAGUGCUCAGGAGGCACGUUAUGAACGAGCUGCUGGAAACUGAGAGAGCCUAUGUGGAGGAGCUGCUCUGUGUAUUACAGGGAUAUGCCUCUGAGAUGGAUAAUCCAGCAAUGGUUCACCUCAUCCCCGCUCCUUUGCAGAACAAAAAGGAGGUUCUGUUUGGCAACAUGCCAGAAAUCUACCACUUCCACAAGAGGACAUUUCUGAGGGAGUUGGAGCAGUACACCGACUGCCCAGAGUUAGUUGGAAGGUGUUUUUUAGAGAGGAUGACAGACCUGCAGAUCUAUGAGAAGUACUGUCACAACAAGCCUCGCUCUGAAAGCCUUUGGAGGCAGUGCUCAGACUGCGCCUUCUUCCAGGAGUGUCAGAAAAAGCUGGAGCAUAAACUAGGUUUAGAUUCGUAUCUGCUGAAGCCUGUUCAGAGGAUUACCAAAUAUCAGCUGCUACUGAAGGAAAUGCUCAAGUACAGUAAGAGCUGUGCAGGGACCAAUGACCUCCAGGAGGCACUGACGUCCAUCUUAGGCAUCCUCAAGGCUGUCAAUGACUCCAUGCACCUCAUCGCUAUUACAGGAUAUGAGGGUAAUCUGAGUGAGCUGGGUAAGCUGCUGAUGCAGGGGUCAUUCAGCGUGUGGACAGAGCACAAGAAAGGUCAUGCCAAGGUUAAGGAUCUGGCCCGUUUCAAGCCCAUGCAGAGGCACCUCUUCCUCCAUGAGAAGGCACUGCUCUUCUGCAAGAGGAGGGAGGAGAACGGGGAAGGCUACGAGAAAGCUCCCUCAUACAGCUUCAAACAAUCUCUGAAUAUGAGUGCUGUUGGCAUUACUGAGAAUGCAAAGGGAGACAACAAGAAGUUUGAAAUCUGGUGCAACUCCAGAGAAGAGGUCUAUAUUGUUCAGGCGCCAACGGCUGAAGUGAAAACCACUUGGGUAAAUGAGAUCAGGAAGGUUCUGACAACCCAGCUGGAAGCGUGCAGAGCCAGCCAGCAGAGGGCACCAGACCAGGUUUUCCAGUUCCCUCCUGUGCUCAGUGGAUCAGUGAGUCUCAGUCCAUUCAAGUCCGGUCAGAAGAGCUUUAAAAGGGGAGAGGAGAAGAAAGCUGAGCCCUGCAGCCCUGAUGCCAACUCCUCUUCUGUACCAAAGCCCACAGGAAAAGAUGAGGCUGUGACAAGCCCUACCUCAGACAGAGCUGCUGUGGCUAAAAAGCGCUUUACUUUACAGGGAUUCAGUAACCUCAAAGUUCAGAAAGAGCCCUCAACUACUGAUGAUAAAAGUUUUACAUUACCCAUGAUGAUCCUCCCGUCACCAGGAUCCCCCUCAAGCCCUGAUCACAAGACGAAACGCCAGAGCGAUCCCACACCAUUCGGCUUCAAAGAUGCAGGUCCUCCCCCCCUCUACCUGAGCAGGGCCAGGUGGUUCAGCACCUCUAGUCUCUUACAGACAAAGUGGAGAGGCUGGAAAAAGGCCUCCCUGUCACUGGAUGCCUCAGAGGAGCAUGACGGCUAUUCCAGUGCCGAGGAUCCUCUUAACUCUGACCCAGAGGACGACAACAGCAAGAAGCUGUGUGCCGGCAAAUAUACAGUGAUGGCUGACUAUGAGAAGGGCGGCGCUCAAGAGCUCUCAGUGAAGAGCGGAGAAAUGGUGCAGCUGGUCAAGGAGGAGGAUGAUGGACAGUGGCUUGUACGUAACCUGAGCACUUCUGUCGAGGGCUGGAUCACAGCUGCUAACCUUAUCAUGCUCAUUGGAAAGUCCAAGUCUUGCCAGUCUCUCACCAGCUCAGAAGGCAGUGGCUCUGGAAACCUCAGCACAUCGUCCAGCUGCAGUGAGACCUACACAAGCUUCUCUGACAUCAAACCCUGAACUCUUCAGCACUUCUUCCAUCACCAAACUGCCCUCACAAAUGCUAGCAUCAUGUGGCUAUCUGUGCUGUAUUGCCAACAUCGGUACUCAUAAGAAUUUUGUCAGGUUUCCACAGAAAGCUGUAUUUUUCAGUUUUUAAAAUCAUUCACAUGCACCAGUUAUUACGAUAAUGUUAUACAUGUGCACAUGUUAUAGAUUUCAUUGUGGUGCAAUUGUGCGGUGAAAAUAAAUACAUCAGACAGUAAUUUCACAGUAUAGUAAAGUGAUCUUCCUCUAGCCAUACACUUAUCUGUAUAUUUUUUUAUGAAGAACAGAGGAAUCCCUGUGAUUAUAAUGUAACAGAUGUAUGAAUGGGCCAGCGGGACUGAUCUCAAUCAAUGCAUCUAUUUGUGUUCACAUUGAAAGCGGAUAAAGAUUUGUGAUCAUAUGUGGAUGACGGUUGUGUUCAUCUGCACUAAUUCACCCGGGAGUUUAUAAUUCCACUGUUACUGUAAAUAAAAAAGAGGGAGCGAAAUAAAUACGUAUGGCUUGUUAACCUUAAUGAAUGUUUUCUCAGAGCCUAAUCACCCUUUGUCCUCUGCUUUUUUUCCCCCUUUAAAUGUGUUUAUUUAUUUGUAAGAAACAAAAAGCUCACACAUAUGUAGUCACUUUUUAAUUUGCUUCUCAUCUCUUCAUUUCUUACUGUCUUUUUAUUCUCUUCCUGUCUGUCAUUUGUGUCUGUGUUGUUAGCCCAUCAAUAGAAACCUGUUCUGCCACCAGCUGCCCAGACUUAUGUGUAUGAGCUAAUGUCUUUUCCGGUCUCUGACGGCCUCAUGGUCAAACUCUGUGGGCUUUCAUGUACGCUGCAGUUUAAAAAUGUUUCUCCAUAUGAAUAAUCAGAGAUCACUGUAUAGCGCUAACUUAUUCCCUGUGGAGGGAUCAUGUUCUGAAUGUAGAUAUUGUUCAUUAAUAUCUCUCUCAUCAAAUGUUUAUUUGAGAUGCUAUAUUGUACAUUAAGUAUGGUGAUUGUCUAAUUUUUUUUACAUAAACGACUUGUGAUAAUUCA